AUGGCGAUUCGUUUACCUGGAGUUGUACAGGCUAAGCAAAUUCUCCGACGGUCUCUUCCAACCAGAGCAGCCGUGAAUGUCCCAAAAGGCCACGCUGCAGUUUAUAUUGGGGAGACCCAGAAGAAGCGAUUCGUGGUUCCAAUUUCAUACAUAAAUCAUCCUUUGUUCGAAGACUUACUUUCUCACGCAGAGGAAGAGUUUGGGUUUGAUCAUCCAAUGGGUGGUUUGACGAUUCCAUGCAAGGAAGAAGCCUUCAUCGCCUUCACCCGUCGCUUGAAUGACUCAUGA